GGAAGUCCUUUGCAGGAAGGAAUCCAGAGGAUGAUCUCAGCUGAAUUCAGAUUCUAGUAAUAUGACUGAAUUCUUCGCCACCGAUUAUCUUACAACCUCUCCUAAAAGAUCCUACCAGAUUGAAGCCUAAAUCUUAUGACCAGGAUUUUGGAGGACCAAAAAAGCUAAAGGAAUCACAUGUGUUCUAAGCAUUUCACAAAACAGGACUAUAAAGUGUGUGGAACCCAAAUUUUGAUGGAGAAGAAUCUUUCCCAUGACAUGGUACAGUUAAUGUCGACCAUGGCUCCCUCACAUGAACCUUAUGAGAAGCCUCCAAAAAGCUUUAUAGAUAUUGGAAUAAAUACUGAAUUGAUAGGUGUGGGUCAAGGAAAAUUUACCUGCAGUACAUGUAUGUCCAUACAGAUCGAAGACCAUCGUAAAGAAAUGGUAGAUAUAGCCAUACAGUGCACAUUGGAAAUUGAGACUACGCUGGAGAGGGUAUUACUUUGGUGCCCAUAAAGGUUGAAAGUAAUGAUGAUGAAACAUGCCUGGUUCUAUGCAUGUGUUGUCCAACCAGAGUCAUUCUUUUGCUUCUGAAAAGAUCCUCCCUAAGGACAAUUUGCAUCUGGUAAACCCAAAAUGUUAUCUGAAUUGUAAUACGAUAACCCCAUUGGCCUUUAAUUGUGUGCCUACUGUUGACGACAAGGUUCCCCGAGUUAACUUGAAGGAGGUAUAUUGUCUUGUUUCCAACGGAAUCUUCCAGGGACUCGCUACUGAAGAUAAAGAAACCUCACAGUCUGAAGGUCUUUUGGAUACUAUGACCUUGUUGUCAACAGAGUCACCACCACCUGAUUCGGAAAAAUCCUCUACAACGACACACAACCAUGUACAUUCACCUUCCGAGCAGAUAAAUGUAUGUGUUUCAGAGGAAACAUUCUUAGAGGACCCUACAACUUAUAUUCAACACAACAGUGAUUGGGACAUUAGCACAAUGGGGACUAUAAAAUCUGAGCCUGGUGAUAAUCGAAAGGUGCUGAGUCCUGUAGAUGUUAUUCAAUUUCCACAUAAAACUCUAGGCUCUACCAGGUUCUCCACCCAACACAAUCAGUGGGAUGUAUUAGAAAAUACCAUCUUCAGAACUAUGCAUCCAAUAUCUGCUGAACCCAUGGAAAUUAAACCAGAAAGCGAGCAGGAACCAGCAAGGAAUUGUGAUUCUUUAACGUUUAGUGAUGUUGCUGUGCAUUUUUCCAAGGAGGAGUGGAUAUCUCUGGGAGAUCGUGAAAAGUGUCUUUAUCGAGAAGUCACUAUGGACAAUUACCGAAUGCUCCAGUCAUUAGGUUUUGGGGGAAAACCAGAGAUCGUGCAGAGGAUUAUAAAUGGAGAAGAUGACCUAUGGGAAUACAACUGCCCACGAUUUGACUCAGAUUUGUCAACUGGGAUUCCUAUGGAUCCAAACAAUGUGCAGAACUUCAGCCAGCGAUCAUAUUUGACCCAUGAUGAUGAUCUUUGCCCAUACACCUGAAGAACAGUCCCAAUCGGAGAGAAAACAAUGGAUGGUUGUGGCCCCAAGACACCUGGAUUAUGCUCUAUAUUUCAUGAACCAAUAGGUUUAGGUUGUCCAUCUGAUGUCAAUAGGGAUUCUGCAAAGGUUGAAUUGAAAAAGAAUAGACAGCACAAGAAAUCCACGCAAUCACGUAAGGAUUUAGGUCAAAUUGGGUGUUAGAGAUUAUUCAUGUACAAAGUGUGGAAGUCAAUUUCUCCAACGUUCUCAACUAAAGUCCCACCAGAAAAAGCACUCAAAUGAGAAGUUAUAUAAAUGUGAAGAGUGCAACAUGUGUUUUUCAGAGAUGAGUAUUUUAGUGAAGCACCAAAGGACUCACUCAAGCAUGAAGCCAUCUCCGUGUCUGAAACUUGAGAAAAACUUUACAGAGUCUUCUCAUCUUGAGGUCCAGCAGAAGACACGCAUUAGUAAGGAACAGUGUACUGAGUGUGGCCACCACCUAGGUGAUGGUAAGAAGCUACAUCCAGGACGGAAAGACUGUAUAACAUGUAAACAACGUUUAGCGGAUAGACCUAGUGUCCACCGCCGAAAAACACCCAAGAAAAGUGAAAAGGCUUACCGGUUGUACACAGUGUGAUAAAUGCUUCACUCGGAAAUCCAACCUUCAUGUCCAUUAUAGAAUCCACACAGGGGAAAAACCAUACAUGUGUUUCUGAAUGUGGAAAAACCUUUCAUCGAUAGGUCAAACCUUGUAAGUCAUUCGAGAAUCACACCGGAGAGAGACCAUAUUCCUGCAAUGAGUGUGGCAAGAGCUUCAGCUACAACUCGGCAUUCGUGAUACAUAAGAGGGUGCACAUCGGAGAUAAACCGUUUUGUUUGUAGCGAGUGUGGGGAAAGCUUCUUCUCUAAGACCCGCUUGACCGUGCACAUCAAAUCUCACACAGGCGAUAGGCCCAUUUGGUUGUGACAUUUGUGGUAAAAAGUUUUUCCUGCAGUUCGACGCUGAUAAAACACCAAAUUAUACACACAGGUGAAAGGCCUUAUGACUGCAAGGAAUGUGGAAAAACCUUCAUUCGGGGGUCUCAUCUUGCCAUACACCAAAGAACACACACAGGGAAAAAACCGUACGAGUGUCCAGAAUGUGGAAAAGGCUUCACAGACAAGUCCAACUUACAAGCCACCAGCGAACUCACAAAACAGAGAGAGAUUUUGCCUGUAAUGAAUGUGGGCAGAAAUUCACACACAGUUCUACACGGAGGAAACACCAACUUAUCCAUACUGGUGAAAAAGCCUAUGGUUGCUCUGAGUGUGGGAAGAUGUUUUUCCCCUCGUAGCUCAAACCUUGCCAUUCAUCUCCGAAUGCACACUGGCGAGAAGCCGUAUGCCUGCACUAUGUGUGAAAAAACAUUUUUACCAUAGCUCGCAUCUCAUAAAACAUAAAAAAAUUCAUACAAAAAAUGAAAAUCCACAUGGCGACAACGUAAGGUUAAAAAUGCAGAGUGAUCAGUCAAGGGAACACUCCAGAAAACCGGAUUGGAAGAACAACCACAGAGAGCGAAUACCAAGUCUCACCUCAGAGCCCCUGGCUGUCUCCAUUUGCCCCAUAGACUUUGAAUGGAGAAGCGGCAUGCAUACUCAACAUGCAAAACUUCUACUCAGUGCAGUCUCAAAGGGGCUUGCUACUUGAAAAAAAAGGCAUACAUUGCCUAUUGCCAUAAGGUCAAGCUACUUUGUCUUCUCAACUUCUAUCGGAAAUGGCGUUUUAUGUGAUGGGCAGGUUUAUUGGGACCAGGCUUCUUAAUCUUUUACCAGUGCAGUUCAGAGCUGGUAGUAGCUAGAAACCAUGGUCAUAUCUGGGUUACUGACCUGAAAAUAAGGACCUUCUAAAAUUCAGUUCUGUAAUCCUUGGUAAACUCUUAAAGUAGUUAUCCUAUGCAAUGGAUAGGACAUUUCAAAAUAAGUAUUAGUGUUUGUGUAUAUAGUAUAAAAAUAUAGGUCAUUUUUUAUGUACAUUACAUUUUCCUCCUGGUAGCGCCCCUUACUGUUUACCCUUGCUGGCUCACCGUCUACAUUCAGAGGUGGACGAACAUGCUCAGUAGCUUAUCUACUCCCUUACUCUUUUCAGUACCGGUGAGCUCCUAAUGAAGCAGUCCAGACACCUUUCCUUGAUCCCUCCCUACUUUCUAAAAAUAUACAGCUAGUUCUCUGUAGAUAGUGGAGAAAGAAAUUGGUGUCACUGAAGGGGUUUUUGCACGCGCGGGUGACAUCACGGUGUGGGAAUAAUGCACAGGUGUGAUGUAAACAUGAGUGUUGGUAAGAUUCUGUUGUCACAGCUAAUGCCCAUGGGACCGUGUGGUCACCACACAUGGAUAAUAAUCAGCAUGCUGAUGCAACAAUGCACACAGUGAUGUCACAGUGCAAAGACGAUGCACACAGGGAUGUUACAGUACAGGGAUAAUGCACACUGAUGUCACAGUGCAGAGAUAAUGCAUACAUUACAGGGUUAAUUUAUACAGUGAUGUCACCAUACAGGAGUAAUCCACACAGUGAUGUGACCAGUAAAGGAGUAAUGA